CUCAAACCUCUGUCCAACACAACUUUGGAGUAUUCAAUUUGCAAGGUUUGCAAAGCCGUUUCUUCUUCACGUCAAUUAUAGCUGCACAGAAUUUGCAAGACGUAUUUGAACAGUAUCCAGAUACAUACUGUCGAUAAGCCUUCUUGAGCCAAGGUUGUUGUGAUAAGACUACCGUUUUUGUUUUAGCACCGUUUGUUUAGUGUGGAAUUUCACCAAUCUGUCGGUCAUUCAUUUCUCCUGGAAAAAGGAACACAACAGCUGUACUUUUUGUGCCCUUUUGUUUCAUUUUUUGAUAAUAGGCUGAAGUUAAGUUAUCACAAACAUCAACAUCCAUCCAUGAUGCAAGCCUAGCGUAAAUAAUCUAAUUGCAAAAUACAGAAUGAGUCAUAAGUUUUGAACUAUUAUUUGUGGAUUCAAGCCAAUUUACAUCCGAUUAUUUAUCCAUCAUCGCCUCGCUCCAACCUGCAAAUUUUUCAGAGUGGUCUACAAACAUCUUCACAAAACUUUAGCUAACGGUUUUUUGUGUGUGGAGCGUUUUCUGUACUAACAUACCAUCAUGGAAAUGGCAAAUACUAUUAAGCAGGUCAUCAAUGAAGCUGUUGAACGAGUCAAAAUGCCUGCUCCCCUGCGGCUUCGUGACCUCAUACGAAUGAUACGUGCAGCGAGGACGGCCGCUGAAGAACGAGAGGUUGUGAACCGAGAAUGUGCCAACAUUCGAAACACAUUCAGGGACGAGGAUUCAGUAUGGAGGUGUCGAUCAGUGGCCAAAUUACUAUACAUUCAUAUGCUGGGUUAUCCUGCCCAUUUUGGUCAGUUGGAAUGUCUUAAAUUAAUUGCGUCUCCAAGAUUCACGGAUAAGCGCAUUGGAUAUUUGGGUGCUAUGUUGUUGUUGGAUGAGAGACAAGAUACGCAUCUUCUAAUUACCAAUGUCUUGAAAAAUGACUUGAACGCGGACGCACAAUUUGUCGUAGGACUUGCACUAUGUACAUUGGGAACAAUUGCUUCAAUUGAAAUGUCCCGAGAUUUAGCUCCAGAAAUUGAAAAAUUGUUAAAGUCCAGCAACGCUUAUCUACGGAAGAAGGCAGGCCUCUGUGCAUUCCGAAUUGUGAGAAAAGUUCCAGAAUUGAUGGAGAUGUUUCUUCCAGCGUGUCGUACAUUGAUUGCCGAAAAGAACCACGCUGUCCUCAUUACAGCUGUAACUCUUGUAACUGAGAUGUGUGAAAAAUCACCAGACACAUUUAAUUAUUUUAAAAAGAUGAUUCCAACUCUUGUUCGAACAAUGAAAACGUUGAUUCUUUCUGGGUAUUCUCCUGAACAUGAUGUGUCUGGAGUGAGCGAUCCAUUUCUGCAAGUGAAACUUUUGCGGCUUUUGAGAGUCUUAGGUCGUGGAGAUUUAGAGGCAGCCGAGGCAAUGAAUGAUCUUCUUGCACAAGUAGCAACAAAUACGGAUACUAGCAAGAACGUCGGUAAUGCAAUUUUAUAUGAAACCGUUCAUGCAAUAAUGGAUGUUCAGUCCGAGUCUGGACUAAGAGUGCUCGCUGUAAAUAUUCUUGGACGAUUUCUUUUGAAUUCCGACAAAAACAUUCGAUAUGUUGCAUUGACCACUCUGCAAAAGACUGUGCAGUUGGAUCAAAAUGCUGUCCAAAGGCAUAGAUCUACAGUACUUGAGUGCUUGAAGGAUCCGGAUGUCAGUAUCCGACGAAGAGCAAUGGAGCUUUGUUUUCAACUUGUUACAGACUCGAAUUUGGAAACAAUGGCACGAGAAUUACUACAAUUUUUGGCUAAAAGUGAACCAGAAGUCAAAACCAUUUGUGCGUCAAACUUGGUGUCAAUAGCCGAGCGAUAUGCUCCAUCCCCGUCUUGGCACUUCCACAUGUUACUGGAAAUUUCUCAAGCGGCGGGAAAUUAUAUGAGGGAGGACGUUGUAUCAUCAACUAUUCAGCUUGUAUCUGACAGUGCUGCAGUACAACCAGAUGCUGUGUAUUGUCUUUGGGAAUCCACCAAGAACCUUAAAAGUCUAGAAGACUUUCAGCCUCUGGUUCAAGUUUGCUGUUGGUGUAUCGGCGAGUACGGAGACAUGCUAUUUACCAAUCAACACGAAGAAACAGUUACGCCUGACGAAGUUCUUGACUGCUUCCAACAAAUUUUAUGGUCUCCCCAUGUUAGCUUAAUUACGCGACAAUACUGCUUACAAGCUCUGGAAAAAUUGUCCAGCAGGGUUCCCGAUCACACAGAUCGAAUAAGAAACAUUGUCGCUGCCUUUGGUUCUAACCUAAAUAUUGACUUACAACAACGAGCAGUGGAAUUUGGAAUUCUUUGCAGAUCAUACGAUCAUUUACGAGGACCAAUCCUAGAACGCAUGCCACCAAUACCUAGCGACAGACUGAAUAAACGGAGUACAACCAAUGGCGACGCGGACAAUGAACAGAACAAUGCAGAAGAUUUGUUGUUGGGAGACAUCAAUGAACAAACUCUCGGCAAUGAUCAUGGAGAUUCUAAUGCUAUUUUGGACUUACUUGGCGGAAUGGACCCGGGUGAUCAUGAUAUCGUGCAUGACCUUCAACCUGGUGGCUCAGUAUUUGGAGGAGGAUCUAGUGUAUUAGAUGAUUUUUCGAGUUUAUCCGUAUCGACCACAGCCACCAACAACAAUACCGGAUCUAGCUUAGCCAAUGAUUUACUGGACUUGUUGGGAGGAAAUUCUUUUGUUGAUAAUCAUACUACGACACCGAAUUAUUCUAAUUUACAAACCGGGCCUACCGCCACGUCCUCAGCAUUAUUCCCUAGUAUUACCAACAUGCCCUUGUUUUCAACGGUGCAACCUUCUGCCGUAAAUGGUGUGUCGUCUCAACAAUAUGAGUUGAUUCCGGGCCAGUUUUUCUCGUCGUCAUUUUUUAAUCUUAAUAAGUCGGAGCAACUCCAAAAGCUCAGAGAACGCGCUGAUGAGGACAGCAUUAUGUCUGAGUAUGGGAAGUCCGUAAUGGCAUUCUCGGAUGAUUCUGUAUGGAUUAUUUUUACGCCUUGGCUGGCACAUUCCACAAUUACCAACACUGUGAUGCAAGUUCGAAUUGGUAGUAAGAACUCCCAAAAUCAAAUUACAGAUUUCAUAUUCCAAGCAGCAGUACCAAAGUCGCUGCAGCUGUCCUUGGAUCCUCCGUCUGGCACAAACUUGUCCCAAGGGUCUUUAAUCACACAAAAGAUUACAAUAACCAAUCAGUCUAAAGUUCCACUAAAAUUGAGACUAAAAUUGACCUAUAAUUUGAAUGGGUCCCAAAAAGAAAAAAUACAGGAAUUUAGUGAUUUUCCAUCAGAUUUUGGGUCAUCAUAAGUUUGCUUAUGCUACUGAAUCCGUCCUACAAGAAAAACAAAUCAAGAUAUACCAAACCGGCUAUCUAUAGUUUAUAACCCCACGACGCUGAACUGCAUGUGGAUAAUUUUAAGUUGGGAGAAAGUCCAUAUAUUGUGGUUUUAGCCAACGAUAGAAAAAUAUAAAGAAAGUCGAAACUUGAGGUUUUCUUCAUUUAUUGUUUGAAUCCACAUGUAUCAAGUUAUAUGACUUUAUAUACAUAAGCACAGUUAUUAUGAGCACAACUUUAUACCAAAUAACAGACUAACGAAUGAAUGUUGUAUAUCAUAUUAAAUCAACAGGUUCUAUUUAUUCCAUGUUAUCGGGCUAGCUUUGUCUCGCAUAAAACUAAUAAAUACAUAGUAUGAAAAAACA